CAAGGGCGCAUCUGACCGGUGGCCUUGGGGCGACAAGCCCGCGACCGGGUUCGGCUGCGUCGGAACGCAGCGGCGCGCGCCCGGGGAGCAGUCGAGGCGAGCGGGCGCGGGCUAAGCGCGUGAAGCAGGAGCUCGAGAUGGACAAGAUGGACCCUUCCGAUGAUUGGUCGUACGCGCUGCUGGAGGAGGACAACUACACUCAGCUGCGCGGAAUGGUGCUUGUCUCGACGCAAGGCUCGCCGUACGAGGGUGGCGUCUUUGAAGUUCUCAUCGAUGUGCCGGUUGGCUACCCGUACACGCCGCCAGAGCUGCACUUUGUCACGCCUGUCUUUCAUCCCUACGUAGAUGCGGCCUCGGGCGCGGUCUCGCUUCCCAUCCUAGGCGAGGCCUGGUCCCCGGCCGAGAGCCUCUCCACCGUCCUGCAGGCACUACACGAACUGCUUGUGUUUGAUGGCCUCGACGAUCCGUCGUUGUAUGCGGAUCAGGGCUAUGAGGUGCUCAACGACGAAGCUGCCGAGUUGUGGAUCGGAGAGAUCGACGCGUUCUGUGCGCGGGCGAGAGACGCAACUUGCAUGCAUGCUAUCUGACUGUGGCACGUCGCGUAAACAGCGGUUGGGAGAGUA